AUGGCUGAGCAAGGUAAGGGUUUAAAAUUUUGCUCAAAGACUAAAUCUCAUGAUAAGGUAAAACUUGCAGAGGACAUCUUUAAGUUUACUCGUAGAAUUAGACUAAAAGAGUAUUUUCAUAGCCAGGCAAAUACGGAGUUUGAUGAUAGUGAACUAAACGAUAUUGACUCUUAUGGCGAUUUUCCAUUUUUCAAUAAAAAAGGAUCGUCAUUUACCCCACCCGCUGGGCAUGAUGUGUAUCUGGAUUUUUAUAUAAAUGCGGUAACGGAAGAAAUCUUGCAGUCCGAGCAUAACCGGAAACGGUACAGUAAUAUUACAAAAGCUGAACUUGAUACUUUGCGUAAACUAUCACAAGAUAAAACUAUUGUGAUCAAAAAAGCAGAUAAAUCAAAUACAAUUGUAAUUAUGAACACUGAAGAUUAUAAAAACGAGGUAUUGCGUCAAUUGAAUAACGAUAAAUAUUACGAAAAAUGUACAAACGAUCCCACAGACGAAAUAAAACGUAAUAUAUCACAAUGUGUUGCAAAUAUUGAAACUACAGACGAGUUUGACACUUUUCCAGCAAACAUUCGUACGCCAUGUUUUUAUAUCUUACCAAAGAUACACAAACAACCGGACAACAAUUUACCUAUGCAAUAUCCCGGAAGGCCCAUUGUUUCAGCGUUUAGUUCUCCUACUGAGAAUAUUUCCAAAUAUAUUGACUAUAUAUUAAAGCCAUACAUGAUCGGUUUGCCUUCAUAUGUAAAAGACACGGCAGAUUUCAUAAAUAAAGUGAAGGAUAUUAAACUUGAAACUAAAUCAUAUUUAGUAACGCUUGACGUAACAUCACUUUAUACAAACAUCCCUCAUGAUGACGGUAUAAACGCCUGUAAGUCAUUUUUACAACAAAAUAUACAUGGUAGAAAUUUAUCAACUGAUGAAAUCGCCUGUUUAAUAAGACUUGUACUUGAAAAUAACUACUUCAAAUUCUGUGAACAGUUUUAUUUACAAAAGAUGGGUACAGCAAUGGGGAGUUCCAUGGCACCAUCAUAUGCAUCUCUCUUCAUGGGAAAACUUGAAAAGGAUUUCCUUCACUCAAGGGGAGUUAAGCCAUCUCUGUGGUUACGGUUCCUAGAUGACAUUUUUAUGAUUUGGAACCACUCGUUAGAAGAGUUAGAGUCCUUUAUCGACGAUCUUAACAAAUUUCAUCCAAAUAUCAAAUUUACUACUACAAUAUCAGAAAGUACUGUUUCGUUCUUAGAUGUACAAGUAUCCAAAAACAAAUCGCUAGGAACUGACACUGAUAUUUACGUGAAAGAAACAAAUACCCAUCAAUACCUAGAUUACACCUCUUGUCAUCCGAAACAAUGCAAAGAUGGAAUCCCAUACAGUCAGGCAAAGCGGUACAGGAGAAUUAUUUCUAAUGACGAAAAAUUCAACUCAUCGCUUAAUGAUUUACGGAGCUACUUCAAAGAUAGAAAUUUUCCGGAUUUUGUGAUAGACAGUGCAUUCAAUAAGGUGUCGAGGUCGUCACAAAACGAAGCCCUGACGCCUUCAGAUAAAAAUAAAACAAGUGUUAUUCCAUUCACCGUAGAAUAUAAUCCAUCAUUACCAAAUAUAAGUGAACCAUUUACAAGUAUUGGGAUCUUCUGA